AUGGGCAGUGCCCAGGCCCUCUGUGGCACAGAGCUCAGCUCCACGGUGACAUUCUCGGGCCGUGCCGCGGUGCAGUGGCCGUCAGGCGAGAGGAGCAAGUGCGGAGGGCAGUGCUCACAGCUGACGAUAUCGCAGUCCCUGGAAAGCAUCAUCGAGGAGCCCGAACCUUCUGGCGCUGUGUUUCCAGACACACUGGAAGGUCUCAACGUCAUUGACCGUAAUUUAUUGCAAUUCUGUGCUUCAAGCAACUUAGCCGGUGUUCGUUGGCUCCUGGUCCUGGGAGCCAACCGUCGCGUGACCGAUCAGAAGGGCACAACCUGUCUACAUGCUGCUUGCCGCAGCGGCUCCUGCAGCAUCGUCGAAGUCUUAGUUCUCCUGGAUGAAGAGCCAGGUGCGGGCCCGAUCCGCAUGGCGAGCGAGAACGGGGGACAGCCAGAGACAGACGAGGCGAAACAUGGCGAGGAGGAAAAAGCCACAGCUACAGGCAAGGGAGGCCUACAGUCAACCGACGAGGCAGGAUGGACACCAUUGCACGUGGCGGCGUUCAUGGGACGGCAGGAUGUAGUCAGAGUCCUCCUCAGAAAUGGCGCCAACACUCUAGCACGGAGCAACAAGGGCCAGUUUGCCGUGGAUCUUUGCUCCGAUGUCUCCACGCGGCGACUUCUGCAGAAGGAGAUGAGGGCAACUUCUGACGUGGCCAUGGGUCUUGACUUCCUGGACGACAGGGCCUUCAGCCAGGCGCAGGAGCCUACCCUGCAGUCUCUGCAGGUCGAAGGCACGGUUCUAUCGCGCUCUGUGGCAUCACCUUCAAGGGAGAUCCGAUUCGAGCCUUUCUUCGUGCCACGAGCUCCGCUUUUUGUAGAAGAAGAUAUUGAGCUCGAGCUUGCCGAGCUCUGUGCCUAUCUUGGCUGCCAGAUCUUUGAGUCGAGUCCCGGCCGGGGUCUUGCUUUCCUGGUCGUCACUGGCUCUGUCCGAGACUAUCCCAUCGACCUGGUGGGUUUCAUGCGCACCACCAACCUCAGCCACCUUCAAAUCGGAACCUUCCUGGGCGAGGACUUCUCACUGUCCAAGAUCCUUCGGAUGGAGUUCUUGAACUCUGUUUGCUUGACAAGCACUGGUGUAGUAUCUGCGCUGCGAACAGGCCUCACGGGCCUCAAAGUGCCGCCAGAUCUACAGAAGAUGAAUCGCCUUCUUGGCAGCCUCUCCGAGGUGUGGUGGCGUCAACAACUGCGCGCUGCAAAGCUCAGCAAAAACAAGGAUAAGCCCGACAAAGCCAAGAGCCCUUCCAAGAGCCAGGAUGACCUCAUCGAGGAAUCCAUUGACAUGGCUAUGGAUGUUGUCGCGGAUGAGCUUCGCGGUACAAACCUCAAAGCGAUGCUUCCAUCUAUCAACAGCUUGCACCAGCUCUUCUUCUCGACAGUGAUGCUCCAUUGGAACCUGCAUGCUCCAUUACCUCCUUCACAGAAGUUGGACUUCGAUGCGUGGGUUGCGCUGAACCGCUUCUUGCCAGAUUUGGCGUGUUACACAUGUGCACAUCAUGUGCAGCUGGUUGCUAUGUACUUUGCUACUGUGUUCAGGAAGUGGCACGAAGGAGUGUUGGGCCAUUGUCAUAGCUACGUGGGCAGGCGAUGCAUGAGUGACACUGUGCAGGAAGAUAUCCCAGAUUGGGUGCUGGAGCCCAUCUACAGAGCUGUGUCAAGAGCUCCCUUGGAAGAGCUCUCACUGGAUUUGGACAGUGAGACGAAGCUACUUAGCCGAGAGCAUGCUUGGCUGCUAGCCACGUACCGCAUGCAAGUGCAUUCCAUCCUCCGAUGUACCACCAACUGUCAGCUUCAGGCCAGUCACAAGCGCUGGUGUAAUUUCAACUUGUGUGAGCUUGCCAUCGCCUCUGCCACCGGCUGGGUGCAAGUGUUCGCAGAUGGCCUGCCAGCCCUUCCUGGCGUCCCUCGUUUUCGGGCAGUCAGCUUUGUCGAGUGCAUGCAAAUCGCUGGAAUGACUUGUGAGUCCACUGCAUCCGCCCGCAUGCAGUCUAGUCUGGACCAGUCUACGGGGGGCUCCCCUGUCGCGAAGGCCCAAGGAAUUCUUGACGCCCAUUCCGAAGCCGUGUGGCUGUCACUUUGUGGGCCGAUGUUGUUCUUCGAGAUGGAAGCUGGGCCUGGGCUGAACCCGUUUGCAUUCCUGCACACGAAGCAUGCAAAACUUGCAGCUGUUGAUCCUCCACGGCUUACGUUCACACUGUGCGAACAUGGCGCAGAUUCGGAGACGGCCUCUGCCAGUCCGAAGAGUGGAUUGGGUGGGCUCCAGCUGGUGGUCCUGUUGCGAGACGGCCGCUUCCAGGCCUUUCAUGUGAAGAAGCUUGUGCUGCGCGUCAGUGAUGCUUCUGCUUUGAAAGCUUGGGUGGAAGCAAUCGCUUCCGCCAACGAUCCCUGUGGAGAGAUUGGUGACGACGUGCCUGUGUGA